AUGGUUGGCGUUUCCUCAUUGGUGUCUCUAAGCACCAUUUUGGAGGACAUGGUCGUGAGCACUAGCCUCUUAGGUGUAAUCUCCGUCGGGCUAGGGUUGGUGACACUGCCAAAAGACCACGAAGUCCACUUCAGCUUCAAGAUUGGUCUUGACGGGGCUGGCUCCAACGAAGGCCAUGAGCCCCUCGUGGGCGCUGGUGGCGAGGUUCCGCAGAUAAAAGUCUUUGACAACCAAAGACGUCUGAUAGGGAAAAGCAAGACACACUAUAUGUGCAAAGACGGCACGGAUCACUGCGUGCGAAUUAUCAAAGACGUCCAUGAACAACCGUCGUACGCAUUGUUAAUCGGCCAAAGAAACCCAAUUUGUAUCGCUGCCGCUACCGUUAGAUAUCCCGGUGGUGAUAUGUAUGGCUGGACCGGAAACUGGGCCAAGACUUGCAAGCAGCAAUGGUACUACUCCGAUAUAGACGCCCAGGUCCAGAAUGGCACAACCAAGCUUCUUUGCGCUUGGGUGGGCAAGAGUGGCUACAAGGAUGAUUUUGCUACUGCCAUUCAAAUUCACUGGCCCGAAUUUGGUGAGGGUUUUACUGGCAAUGGGAAAGAUGAUCAGUAUUAUUGCAAGAAGGACAAUACUGCCCUCUCCUUCUUCCGGCAUUCGGGGCCCUGGGGCUUCAACGGCAUCACCAAGAAUGACCAUAAAGUCAAGGAGAAGGGGGAGAAGGAAAGGGAGAAACAUAUAAAGAAGAUGAAGAAACUGGCAGAGGAAGCGCUUAAAAAGAAAAAGAAAAAGGACAAGCACAAAGUCAAGACACCUGGCCGGGAUACACGCUCCAUUCGGUCUCAUUUCGACGGCCACUCUGCCAAGCAUCUCUGUGAAAGCGACACGUCCGUAGGGCCCAGCUUGGUUUCCCUCCCAGAACGAACCUUUUGCCACAUGCCUGACAAGGUCCUUUAUAAGUUCUGCGAGGAUGUUCCUCUAGGUGUCUGCUGGAAUCGCACUGCACAUGCCUUUGCUUUCACGGGCAACUUGUCCAUUCAUGCUCGUGCUGCCAUGCCUGACAUUCAGUUCCCGCAGCCGCUUGUUUGGGGUAAAGGAGGAGAAUGA